CGCCUUUUGCGCAAAACUUCAAUUAUCCACAUCACGGUGAAACAAGUCGCUAACCGCACCAUUGCGGAUUUUCCAUUACAACAAACAAUAACACAAGAACCCCCUCAAAAUGUAUCGUCUGAAGCAGCAGCAUCAUUAUUUACGCCUCUACCGAAAUCACCUAUACAAGAACUACCUCAGCUGCAACUUCCAGACGAUCUAUCAAACGAGCUGACAAAUGAUAUGUCAAAUGACUUGACAUCCGCUCAAAUUGCAACGAUGACACCAGAAGAAAUAAAACAAAAUUUGCACCGUGUAAUGAAACAAGUAGCACUAUUGCGUCGAAUGUUACGAGCAGAGCGUAGAAGCACCGCACAUCACACAUUACAACAUAAAUUGUUAACAAUAGAACUUCAUGAAGCACAACAGUCACAAACAGAGUUAACACGGAUACGGCAUGAAACAGACCGCUUACUUUUUGAGCUCUCCAUUCCCGCAAAUGCAUGUGCUGUAUGUAGACGACAUUGCCAAAUGAUCCAGCGACGACUACGUAGGAUAUUGCAAGAACAAAAGCAUGAUGCUCCUACCAGAACACUGCGUACGCAGAAAAGACCAAAAAAUAGACUAGCAGCAUUGAAUACAACACUUAGCACCACACUUAAAACAGCAAACACAGAAACACGCACAAACAGUACUUGUAAUGCUCUUUCAACAUGCCACGGCCUAAUGAGUCCUAUCUCGUUUCGUCCUGCACGCCGAAAACAACAGAAUACUACAAAUGAUGAUUCUAAUAUAUCCUCAAACACUCUAGAGCGACACUUAACCCAUCAUUAUGCUCUUCGAUCAUACCAAUCUUUACCCAUUAGUCCCAAUGCUUCUCCAUCAUUACGGUCAUGA